UGGGAAUCCCUCCCGCCCAUUUCGUGAUAAAGCGCCAGGAUGCGCCAGGCAAAGCUCGGCGCAAGGCAUUUUGUUUCUUCUCAAGGGAGGGGAACCAUAAACUGGAAUGAAUGACGAGGCUGUCGUCGAGACGAGAGUAUAGAGGAACAGGAUUUAGUAAUAGAUCACAUGCAGGCCUAUGAAUGAGACGAUGCGACUAUCACCCAUCCCACCGUAUUUCCCUCAAAGCCUCGUCGGUCUUGUUUCUGCUCUUGUCGUUUUUAUUCAAAAACGACAAGCGCGGCUGUCGAUCGUCAACAUUUGGACAACUUUAGCACGAUUACUUGUCUUGUAUCUCAUAGACAGCUUAGCAACCCGGACUCUCACCCUGAGCGAGGGACGAGAGAUAAAUGUACAGGGCCAGCCAAGUGCAGGGGCAACAGCCACGGGCAACGGCCACGGGAAACUUCCCCUGCCUACAGGACGGCUGGGAACAUAUUUGCCGAUGCGCAGGUGGUUGUUGGUCCUGCGGCCCGGUCCGGGUUCGACACCCCGUUCCCGGCUCGAUGUCGAGGCUGCGGGGCUUGCCCGUCUCCAUUCAUUUUCUUCAAGUCCAUAGUGGACUUGGAUGUAGUGCAGCUCCUAGCCUGCGCUACCUAGGUAGUUCAGCCUGACAUUGAGAUUGCAGAUGUCUUUCUUGCCAAGUUGAUACAAGAGCUGCUGCACAACGUACGUAAGGUACCUUAGGUAUGGCAAACGUACCGUUUCCAAAGCUUGCACAUUCCACACACUGAGGUGCCGCCGAAAUCAUGUCCGCAGGCCGAUGGAGGAGCCCGAGACCCGAUCACAGACCACCAAAUAGGCGUGGCAAGGUAAAUCACCUACCCCGAGGUAUCUCUAGCGUAACGGAUCCAGAGCGAGGAGAAUGGCGCCGUCUCUAGAAUUGGCCUUCCGAGGGAAAGGAGUCCCAGGUGUCGUCUCCCCUUUCCGGGCCGAUGCUUCCAUGGGCUUGGGCUCCUUCUUAGAGGGUUCGGACUCAGGGGAUUUUGGGCUUGAGGCACGUCUAGGUGGG